AUGUCAGGCUUUGAGGCAUUGGGGAUGGCGUGUGCUGUCUUUCAGACUAUUAGCUUCGCUCAUGAAACAACCCUCUUUUGCAGAGACAUAUACCGCGGUCAGAAAACGCCUGACUCUGUACUUGAGGAAAAUGCAUCGGCCAUGAUCCAGGCGGCAGACCGCGUCAAGGCCUUUUGUAAGACAGCAGCUACGCCACAAGAGAAAUGUCUGAUUGAUGUUGCCGAGAAAUGCACGUCAAUAGCAACAAAACUUUCGUCUGAAGUAGAAACCAUCACUGAACUUCACAAAAAAGGUAAAGGAAAUAUGGUAGUUGCAGUGCGUGGUGUGUUUGAGUCUUGGCCCAAGAAGAACAAGAUGAACGAUCUUGAUAACAAUCUGCGUCGAUACACAGAUACUAUGCAGACUUUAUUGGUCACACGUGUUUGCGAUCAAAACCAAGCUGGCCUCCUACAACAGCGUCAAGAGUUCAACAAUCUCGACCAGGCCUUGAAGGCGUUCAUCUCGCGUAUUGCAGAAGGUCACAAAAAGAUGGAGCAUCUUGUGCAAGACGAGGGGCAAAAAACCCGAGAGUACGUCACUGAUGAAGCCAACCGAACUGUGGACUCUGUGAAUGCUCAUAUCACGACACAAGCUGAGGAUCUGGAAAUGAGAAAGGCCAUGUCAUCUCAGCGCCAGCGCCUUCUUGAAAGCUUCAGGUUUAAUGAGAUGAAGGAACGAAUGAAUGCCAUUACUGAUCCAGAAGAUGCCUGUUUUGACAGGAUACUGGAGUCAUUCGAGAAGACGGCCCAAGGCAAGAUAGGAAAUCCCUCUAGGACUAUCGAGUCCACAGCGAGUUGCGAGGACUCUUCCGAAAGCUCUCCCAAUGACUCGUCCGAGGAAUCUUCCGAAAGACCUUUCGAGGCCCACUCCGAGGACUGUCUUGAGGAGAUAAAUCGACUUUGGCACAGCUUUGCGGAUUGGCUCCAAUCAGAUGGGCGACUGUUUUGGAUUCAAGGCAAACCAGGAUCCGGCAAAAGUACUCUUGUCAAGUACAUCGCAAGUAAGAAGGUAACCCAAAGAUUAUUAAACCAGUGGAAUCCCAGUACCACAAUUCUAUCGCACUUCUUCUGGAAGCUCGGAACAUCCUUGCAGAACGACAUAAAGGGCCUCUACUGUUCUUUAUUACAUCAACUGUUGGAAGAUAAGGACGAGGUUACUAGCAACACAAUGGAUGCCUUUCCAACUUCGAAAUCGAAACAAUCUUAUCACGACUGGUCAGGUCCGGAGCUGAGAAGCCUUUUACUGAAAGCCUUGGAGCUAGCAACAGACCAAGAGCACUUGUGCAUCUUUAUUGACGGCCUUGAUGAAUUUGUUGGCGACUGUGGACAAGAGGCUAUUAUGCAAAUACUCUCAGAUUUCAAGCGGUUCCCAAAUGUCAAGGUUUGUGUCACCAGUCGACCAGAGCCGUGGUUGAAGGAAGAGCUGGACACAGUGCCCAAUCUCAAGUUGCACGACUUGACGGCACCGGAUAUGAAAAAUUGGAUCCAGGGGAGACUCCACCAAUUCGACGGAAAGCGCACAUUCAGCCCAGACUUCUCUUCAUUCUUGAUUCGCACUCUUCUGGACAAGGCAGGGGGAGUAUUCCUCCGGAUCUGUCUCGCCACGCAGAGUAUCAUACGGGGUAUCAAAAACAAAGACUCGGAGGAAUUGCUAAUCUCCCGAUUAGAACAACUUCCGGAGAAACUCGAGGACGUGUACUACGAUAUGUGGAAGAGAUUGGGUGAGGAUGAGCCUGUUUAUCGAAACUCAGCAGCCAGAUAUAUGCGAUUUAUGGUCGGAUUUCAAUCCAUCAAGACCAAAAGAGCAUAUGCUUUAUGCCCUGGACUUAACAAGUCAAGCCAACUCACUGUCCUAAGGAUGGCAUGUGCAAGUCGGCCAGAUGUUGGAAGGAUACUGACUACGGUCACCGAAGAAGUUGAUUAUGAUAUGUUGAACGCGCUUUGCGAAUCUGUAGAGAAUACCAUUCUCACAAAUUGCGCCGGCCUUCUUGAAGUUUACCCCUCUCCGCAUCUCUCAUACUUCCACAAUACAGUGUCAAAGAUGACUCGCAGAAUUGAGUUCGUCCAUCGCACAGCCUAUGACUUCCUCAUAAAUACAGAGGCAGGUCGAAAGAUACUCAGUUAUAGCGAAAUGACAGAUUGUGAGGUGGAAGUGCUGAUGUUUAACGGUCUUCUAUGCCUACUACGAAUAUUGUAUCAUGCAUUUGGUGGCUGUUACCCCUCUAUGAGGAUAGUUGAAAUGUUGCCGAGAUUGUUAACCCUCCAAGGCUCCGAAAGCGAUAAGGAGAAAGUGAAGAAUCUGUGGAUGACAAUAAGGUCAUUCCAUGUGAAUGGGAUUAUGACUAACUAUCACUAUCACCGAUGGCCACCGGCUCCGUUUGCCUCAGAAACGGCAACACUCGGAGCAAUCUUCGAUUUGGAGGUGCAAGACAUGAAUUCGAAGACAGCGACCAGCGUUCUCCAAAACAUUCCAUGGCAUGAUGUAUGUUGGGAUGAGAGAAGCGCUGUACCAGUGUCCGGACUGCGGAUGCUUCUUUUACAAGGCGCUGAUCCAACCGCUGUCUUGUCAUACACAAUGUUCCACGUUGUUUCAGAUGAGCAAUCUGUUUCAGAUCAUCAAUACGGAAAGCGGACAAACGCUCUGUGGGACUUUCUCCAUCAUACACAAUGGGUCAUGUGGCAGAAUGGUAGCGAAGAACGGACGACACCGAUCCAUGUCGUGGAAAUCGCUGCAGAUAUGCUACAGAAAUGUCCAAGCGUCGGUUUCCAUGGACUUUUAUUACGGAGAGGGUAUUAUACUUCACAAGGAGAACCAUCGCACUUCGAAUUCAGUCUCAAUAUCUACAAAAACCUUGAUCGUCGGGCUUAUAUCUCAUCUAUCUUUUCAGCGAAUGUGGCUUACCUGCUGGAUCUAAUGCUAUGGUUCUUACCACAGGAAGUUGAAGCCAAAAUUAAGGAUCAAGUUCAGUUCAUUCGGAGCAAGAUCGAGGAUCCAAUGAUCUCUUUAAGAGUACUUGCCCUCCCCCAGGAUGAACACAGCUUGAAGUGUUUUCAGGUCAUUGAUGAACAACCAUUUCGAGGGGUAGUCGACAUAAUAGAUGCGCAGGAAAGGAACUUGCGAGAUUUUGCAGACUUUGUAGACUGCUAUGAUCGAGUUAUCUCCUUAACAAAAGAGAAGUCAUUCGUUACGGAGAUUGAUCCAAGAUAUGUCCGAAGGUCUUUAGUCGGAAAAGAUCUACUUGGAUCGUACGAAUUUGAAGAUGGGUCUGAACAGUCUCAGGAGAUAUGGAGAGAAUUGGAGAGUACACGUAAAUUCUAUAGCAACUUGCAAUCCUUACUUUAA